AGUCUGAAAAUCUGACGACGGUCGACCGACGUCAAUCAAAUCUUAUCAGACAAUUUUUAUGUUGCAAUUUGCCCUGUGUUCUAUUUUCUGUUUUUCCCCAAUCUCGCGUGGUACGCUAACACAACUCCUUAAAUUCACUUCGGUGUUUCAAUCUGUAUUGGCUGUGGUUUACUGAUUUUCCUGUAUUUUAAUUGAUAUUUUUUUAUAUAUUCUUUAACUGAACUCUGUUAAUGCAACUCAAAGCUUUUACCACAGUCCUUAAUAUGAACUCCUUGGGGAUUAUCUUGUUCUUUCUCAGUACUUGUUGCUUCUCUGGUUACACCUGUGCUGCCGUAACAGAUAUACCAGAUGUAGUUAUUAACAAUGUAACAGAUCCCAAUAUUCCUCCUGUCACGAAGGUUGAUCCACCAAUUUCUCCCUCUCCUACUACUCCAGUUAACCCUACAAGCGUGCCUCCUACCAGUUCAAGCUCAACAACUAUUCCACCUACUACAACAACCCCUUCAACAACCCUUGCACCUACUUCCACGCAAAAGCCAUCAUCAACUUCAAGUCCGGCAACUACUACAACUACUGCAUCUACUUCAGUGAAACCAACGAUAUCUCCUACUACACAGGUGCCGAGCUCCACCACUGCUCCCAUCACUUCCACAGCUGCUCCACACCAUGAUUCUAGGAAGUUUGAUGGACCUAGUUUUAUGGGAGGAAUCAUAUUAGCCCUGGGAUUAGUAGCCAUUGGCUUUGUUGCAUUCAAGUUCUACAAGGCUCGUACGGAAUUAAAUUAUCACACCCUUUAGACUCCAAUAUUAUAAAAUGGAUAAAGGUGAGUUCAAUGCGGGCAUUUUUAAAUGUAAUUAUUAAGUAAAUAUGACUAUAAACUGUUAUUUGGAAUUGUCUUAUAAGAAAAUUUAUCUAUUAUUUAAAACUCUAAUCUAACAUUUAUAAACUAAUGGUAACUAUUUCGUUUUUUUGUAAUAAUUUGCUUGAUGUUUAGCUAUUAUAUAGUAUAAAAGGUAUCGUGCUUUAACACAUAAUGCUAAAGAUAAGAAACACGUAAUUCAUAUAAAAUUUAAUUUUUUAAGAUAUAUGUUGUAAAAUUUAUUCAAAUAUGCUGUUUUUAAUAGUUACCAAGUAUCGACUAAUUAACUGCUUAUUUAGUAGUUACGCUUUAUUUACUCUUAUUACUUAAAAAUUACAAACUUAACUCUUAAGAAAAAAGAAAAUUACUCUUAAGAUCGUAAAUAACUAUACUUAAAAAAGCAGAAUAUUUGAAAAAAAACUGCUUGAACAUUUAAAACAUACUGCACGUGCCUAAUAUCAAAUACGUUUUAUCUAUUAAAAAAAAAAACAAGAUGCUUUGGCAUCAAUUAACACUAAUAUAAUUUUAUCACCUAAAUAUGCAACAGGUUAAAAGUCAAAUGCGUUACGUAUGGUAGCAGUUUGUUUUGAUCGUGUAGCUUAUUCUACUUAAUAUACUAGCGGGUAUUUUAGUUACAUUGUCUAAAAAUAAUCAUACCUUUUGAUCCAGUUUGUGUAUUUUUGAAAUAUUUUAUGGUUUGUUUAAAUAUGUGUUUUGAAUAAUUUUAUGAUUAACAUUUCUAUUUUAGAAAUAUUAAUAAAGCUUUCUCGAAUUUUAUAUAUUUUACCUUAUCGAAUAUUAUUUUAAUUUCUGAUAUUGUAUGUGAUAUUUUUUAGAACGUUAUAGUGAUAUAUCUUCGUAUUUUUUCGAUCUGGUUUGCAUUUAUACAUUAAAAAAUAACUAAAAAAAUUAUAUGCACACAUUUCUUUAAUGUUAAUAUCGGUGAUCAGUAAGGCUUAGUAACCAUAUAACUUCUUUUAAAAAAAGUAUAACUUUUGUAUAAAAAUAUUUGCUUUUGUCAUACGUUUAUACUUACUUUUGUUCUAUUAUUAAAGUUUAGAUUUAAUGAUUCUGAUUGAACUAUCGGCAAUGUAUCAAAAACUUAAUUUUAUUAUUCGUAUGAUAUAUGGGAGCAGUAACUUAACAAUGAUUAAUUCUGUCCUUUGAAAGUGCUCUUAAGUAGGGGGUAGCUAUUAAUAUGUUAGUUGAAUUUUACAUAAGCUGUGUAACUAGUCUCAUAAAGUAAGUCGUAAUUAAUAUAAGACUUCAUUAGAUACUUAAAUCCCUAAUGUAUUGUUAAAAUAUAAUAUUCUAACAGAUCAUUAUUAAUAUAAAACAAAUUAAUAAAAACCUCGAAUAUAAUACUUCUGGCAUCUAAAUAUAAAAUGAGGUCUGUUCCAGUGUUAUGAGUUAGUCAUAAAAUAUGAAUUUAUAAUAAUAUAAGUCAAUAUAAUUUUUAUCGUAGUAAGUUUUUUUGUAAUUGUAGGUGUCAUUCAAGAAAAUGCGUUUAUACAUAAAAUACUGUGUUAGAUUCCUUAUGAGAUGUUAAUAAAGUACAUAUAUGCAAUUUUCAAAUGAAAUAAACACCACUAUUAAAUUUGUAAGUAAAAGCUACGAAUAACAAAU